AUGAGCGUUUUCGAUCGAGUAAAAGAGCAAGUCGCGUUUGAUAGUAGAUGGACAAGUGGUCCACACAAAUCGUUCGUCGGCGGCACACCAACAUCAACCUACGCUGAUGUGGUCUCAACCGCAUUCGAAGAUGCGAACAGCACAAUGAAUUUCGCGAGGCAUUCGAAAUUCGAUGAAAUGUAUUAUCCAUAUUUGGGAACAUUCCGCGAGCGGCCAAUGUAUACUUCAAUUGCGCCGUCUUUGUGCAUAAACAGAUCAAAUCGGGCAAUCGGCUAUGAUUUGGCGCCACAUCGAGCUUAUAGUCCAAGACAAGGUGAAUGGCUUAUUGAGAAAGAUAAGAAGCAAAGGGUGAAGAGAGCCCGCAGCUUAUUGAGCCUUUCGUCAAGUGUUCAGCCACCACUUCCACCGCUUUCGCGUCGCAGCUAUGAAGUUCCAACGGAUACUCUGAGACACCAAAAUCAAUUUUUGUAUUGGAACGGCCGUGCUCGCGGUCUUGAUUACGUUGCUCCAUUCCUUCGCCGCGAGGAUUAUUCGAGGUGCGAGGAUCGACGUUAUCAGCGUAUCUACUGGUCGCCGCAAUUUAUUGACCUCCUUCCUUCAUGCCGUCAUUCAACGCAUCUGAUGCUCUCUGCUUAUUAG